AGAGAGUCAGCUCACGUGAGUGGCCGCGUACAGCGUUGCACUGGGGCAAGCGGUCAUAACAGGACUGGAUUGGACCACAACGGAUCCUGUUGACAACUGUACCAGAACGGAUUUUGUUGACCAUAGUACUACUACGGAUUUUGUUGACCAUAGUACUACUACGGGAUUUUGUUGAUCAUAGUACUACUACGGAUUUUGUUGACCAUAGUACUACUACGGAUUUUGUUGACCAUAGUACUACUACGGAUUUUGUUGACCAUAGUACUACUACGGGAUUUUGUUGACCAUAGUACUACUGCGGAUUUUGUUGACCAUAGUACUACUACGGGAUUUUGUUGACCAAAGUACUACAACGGAUUUUGUUGACCAUAGUACUACUACGGGAUUUUGUUGACCAUAGUACUACUACGGAUUUUGUUGACCGUAGUACUACUACGGAAUUUUGUUGACAUAGUACUACUACGGAUUUUGUUGACCAUAGUACUACAACGGAUUCUGUUGACCAUAGUACUACUAUGGAUUUUGUUGACCAUAGUACUACUACGGAUUUUGUUGACCAUAGUACUACAACGGAUUGUGUUGACCAUAGUACAACGGAUUCUGUUGACCAUAGUACUACUGCGGAUUUUGUUGACCAUAGUACUACUACGGGAUUUUGUUGACCAUAGUACUACAACGGAUUUUGUUGACCAUAGUACUACCACGGAUUUUGUUGACCAUAGUACUACCAUGGAUUUUGUUGACCAUAGUACUACUACGGAUUUUGUUGACCAUAGUACUACUACGGAUUUUGUUGACCAUAGUACUACUACGGAAUUUUGUUGACCAUAGUACUACAACGGAUUUUGUUGACCAUAGUACUACCACGGAUUUUGUUGACCAUAGUACUACUACGGAUUUUGUUGACCAUAGUACUACUACGGAAUUUUGUUGACCAUAGUACUACAACGGAUUUUGUUGACCAUAGUACUACCACGGAUUUUGUUGACCAUAGUACUACUACGGAUUUUGUUGACCAUAGUACUACUACGGAUUUUGUUGACCAUAGUACUACUACGGAUUUUGUUGACCAUAGUACUACUACGGAAUUUUGUUGACCAUAGUACUACAACGGAUUUUGUUGACCAUAGUACUACCACGGAUUUUGUUGACCAUAGUACUACUACGGAUUUUGUUGACCAUAGUACUACUACGGAUUUUGUUGACCAUAGUACUACUACGGAUUUUGUUGACCAUAGUACUACUACGGAUUUUGUUGACCAUAGUACUACUACAGGCUUUUUUUUUUUACAAUAGUGCCACAACGGAUGCUCUUGACAAUAGUGCCACAACGGAUGCUCUUGACCAUAGUGCCACAACGGUUGCUAGUGACAAUAGUGCCACAACGGUUGCUCUUGACAAUAGUGCCACAACGGAUUCUGUUGACCAUAGUACCACAACGGAUUCUCUUCGGGAUUGUACCACAACACCAGGUCGCACUGACCUUGUUCUUCUAAGCAAAUCUGGUUCCUUUAAGUCGAGUCUUCGGGGAAGUUGGACUGGAGAUAAAGGAGAUCCCAGGUAUUUGAUCAUGGAAAGUUUGUGUCUAAGUGUCUGUGUUUCUCGAAUACAAUAAAAAUGAGUAACCUUGCUGUCACCAUCCUAUAGGGCUCCUGGGUGUUCCCAUCCCCCCCCCCCCCCCCUUUCCCCAAAACGAACUUGUGGUAUUCUGGAAGCUGUCGCUCUCCAACAUACCCCGCUUCUUAGAACUGAACAUUUUCGAGAUAUGAUGAACCUGGUGUAACCGUUGCGGGCAUGUUACCUAUUUAUAGAGAUGAGAAGCGCCCACGCGUGACUUUGACCCUGGGGUUUCAGAGUUAGUGACAGUAAUGCAAAAAAGUAUAACGUGAAUCUCUUUAUUCGGGCUUAACUUCCCUACGCCCUCUACCUGACCUUUUGAUGCGUAAUGGGGGCUUAACUUCCCUAUGCCUUCUAUCUGACCUAUUGAUACGCAAAGUGCUUCUCAAAUAAAUAUCUAGUUGAGUGUAUUCUAUGAGUGGCGUGUCGCCUGGAUCCCUGGGGAAAGCCGUAGACCAGAUGGGGGGGGGGGAGAAAAAAAAAGGGGGGGGGGGAAGACUUGGCACUUUCCAGCAGGCGGUCACUAAAUUUCCCACUCUACUACCAUAAAUCCCACGUAAACAGUAUGACAUGAUAGGGCCCUUUGAGUCCUGGGAUAUCUCCUGGGUUAUGAUAGGGCCCUUUGAGUCCUGGGAUAUCUCCUGGGUUAUGAUAGGGCCCUUUGAGUCCUGGGAUAUCUCCUGGGUUAUGAUAGGGCCCUUUGAGUCCUGGGAUAUCUCCUGGGUUAUGAUAGGGCCCUUUGAGUCCUGGGAUAUGUCCUGGGUUUAUCUCUGCGUUGAGAAGGUCCUGUAUCGGGGUAAACCAAGGCGGAGGUGAAAGAAUAGAGCAAGAAGAAUGGCAAUCAACAAGUCGAUUGAGUCAAUUAGAGAGCGAUGUGUGGGGUGUGUGUGUGGGGGGGGGUGGGGGUGACACCAACAUAGAAAUACACGGUCCCGAGGUUAAAGCUUUUGAUGGGAGAGAGCAGGGUCUUACGCUUAGUAGGAAUAACAAGUAGCAUUGCUACGUGAACACAAUCUUAUAGGAAUAACAGGUAGCAUUGCCAUGUCAAGACAAUCUUAUAGGAAUAACAGGUAGCAUUGCCAUGUCAAGACAAUCUUAUAGGAAUAACAGAUAGCAUUGCCAUGUCAAGACAAUCUUACAGGAAUAACAGGUAUCAUUGCCACGUCAAGACAAUCUUAUAGGAAUAACAGGUAGCAUUGCCAUGUCAAGAUAAUCUUAUAGGAAUAACAGGUAGCAUUGCCAUGUCAAGACAAUCUUACAGGAAUAACAGGUAGCAUUGCCACGUCAAGACAAUCUUAUAGAAAUAACGGUUAGCAUUGCCAUGUCAAGAUAACCUUACGGGAAUAGCAAGUAGCAUUGCUAUGUCAAGAUAACCUUACAAGAAUAGCAAGUAGCAUUGCUAUGUCAAGAUAACCUUACAGGAAUAGCAAGUAGCAUUGCUACGUCAAGAAAAUCUUACAGGAAUAGCAUUGCUAAGUCAACAUAACCUUAUUCUUAUGAUUUAUUAAUCACCUUAGUGUGUGUGUGGUACGUGGUUUGGGUGAAACAAUGUCGUGGUAUCGGCGAAACGCUGACAGGAAUUAUAAAAAACCAACAACAACACCUUGAUUUCAGCACCGUAUAGAACGUUGCUAUAAUCAAGCCACCUACAAAAUAAAGGCUUCUGCGUUUGCUUUUGUGUCAAUGAAAUGAUGAACUAAGUCUGGCACCGCCGACGCGCGGACCAAGGUCCCGGGGGUAUCCAUUGCCCUUCAGGCACAUGGCCGACAAGACGAGGCACGCACCCCUAAUUUAAGGCAGCCAAUUGUUCGAACCUAAUGUUUUUAAAAAGCACACUUUGAACUGGGAGCGAAACGCUUCAUAUUUUAUCAGCACACCGACACUCUGGCCCACUUUUCGAUUUUCAGGAAAAGUCAAAUUUGUGUGUAUAGACAGUGGGCUCAGUUACAAGCCCCCAGCAAGGUCGGUGUUGUUGGGUUUUUGGUCGACACAAUGGUGGCAGGGCUGAACUAGGCAUUGCUGACAGGAGACUUGAGUUAACAGGAGGCACUUAGGAUUAGAUGGGAGAAAUGGUCGAUGAGAGCAGCCGUCGAUGUUAGAAGACGUAGAUGGUCCAUUACUGACAGAAUAUGUGGGCCUUACCAUGGAGUGAUGAGGGUGGGUGGGUGGGUGAAGUCAUUGAUGCUCCAUUACAGACCGAGACUUGAGUUAACAGGAAGCACGUAGGAUAGAUCGGAGAAGUAGUAGAUGGGAGAAGUCGUACAUGGGAGAUAUUUUAGAUGGGAGAAGUUGUAGAUGAGAGAAGUCAUAGAUGAGUCGUAGAUGGGAGAUGUCGUAGAUGGAGGAAGUUAAUGAUGUUCCAUAUAAGGAAGUAAUUUAGGAGAGUUGAAUUUACAUUUAUUAUGGCUAAUAAAAAAAAGAAAACAAACAUAACAAACUACAAAUACAAUUCACUCGAGACACUAGACCCCAUGAACAAAAUUAUUGUCUAUAUCGACAGGUGGCAUUACGUGACAUCCUGAUGACAACAACACAUAGGCACACGAUGUCAGUCCUCUGGGCACUGGCGGUGUGCCUCAUCCUCUCCGACCAAAGCUCCGCCUCCUUCUGUCCUCUCCGCUGCACGUGCGCCGAUGCCAAUGUCAACUGUGCGAACCUCCAGCUCCAAGCCCCUCCUAAAGCCCCCACCUCCACCUUGACCCUUGACCUGUCCAACAACACCCUGGGACCCUCCAUCAACGACUCGGACGUGUUCGCCGCAAUGCCCGGCCUCGUCGAGCUCGACCUGUCCAGGAACGGCCUGACCGAGCUCCGCGGCUGCAUCUUCCGGGGGCUCCAGGGUCUCAAGGUGGUCAAGCUGGGCUGGAACAAGCUGCGGGCGCUGCAGGACAACAUCUUCACGGACGCCAGCAGCGUGGAGCACCUGGACCUGAGCCACAACCUCCUGACGGCGAUCCCAGACAACAUCCUGGCCUACCUGACCAGGCUGCAGACACUGAAACUAGCACACAACCACCUGUCGGACCUCAGACUGAUGCCAAGGUUUCAGGUCAGUACGCUCAGUCGCUUAACAGCAGCGGUCAUUUAGUCGCUUUACAGCAUCGGUCAUUUAGUCACUUAACAGCAGUGGUCAGUUCUUCUUCUUUAUUUUUCUUCUUUAUUUUGAGGGCCCACGAUCAAUGAAUUGAUCAUUCUGGCUCCUAUGAGUUAGUCACGUAACAGCAGUGGUCAGCUAGUCACUUAACAGCCGGGUCAGUCAUUUAACAGCAGGUUAACUUUUUGUUAACUUUUUUAUUCUCUCCCCAGGUUCCCAAAGACAUUAUGCACAUUGACCUCUCUUACAACAAUUUCACUGCUGUCAGAGACAACUCGUUUGACAUUGCGUCCGAGUGGUCCCCGCGAGUCCAGCGGACCAUCAAUCUGUCCUUCUGCCGCAUAACCAACGUCAGCGCUCAGAGUUUCCAGAAAAUUCCAAAUCUGAGAUCACUGGACUUGUCCGGCAACAUGGGGGUGACACUAGCGCAACUCAGCGCCAUGCUUACAAAUCUGCGGUCCAGCAGCCUGGCGCAGCUCUCCCUGGCCUACAUGGGGUUGUCCAGCGUGGGCAGCCUGUUCACCGAGGCGCAAGAGUUGUCUCUCAAAACUCUCAACAUCUCCCACAACAGCAUCGGCGACCUCCCCGCGAACGUCUUCGCCAACAUCCCCGCCCUGAGGGAGCUCGACAUCAGCCACAACAACCUCCCAGCGCUCACCGUCGGCUUCACCAGCCUGCGGAACUUAAGAGUUCUCAACAUCUCGGCCAACGCCCUGACCAGCUUUCAGGGGGGUGCGGUGUCCAGCCUGGGGAAUCUUCAGACGCUCGUCCUGUCGUACAAUUCCCUCAACAGCUCCGGAUCGGUCCAGCUCUCUUCCCUUGUGAAGCUCAGGCAUCUGAUCGCCGACCACAACCGCUUGUCGUCCGUCGUCCUCCCGAGCAACACGUCCACCCUGACCAGACUGGAGUACCAGUCCAACAACAUAGAGCGCUUCCACGGGGUCGACGACGCGACGAGCCUUGAGUAUGUUGACCUCAGCGACAACAAGCUGGAAUCGUUGACGGACUCGAUGUUCAGAGGAGCCAAAUUCCUCAAGGUGGCAGACUUCAGUCGCAAUAAGCUGACCGCCAUUCACGACCACGCCUUCUUGCCGCAGUCCCCGCUCUUCAUCGACCUGUCCCAUAACUCCCUCACGCGAAUCGGGCCGACCAAAUGGGUGGCGACGCAGAGGUUGUAUCUAAACAACAACAAACUGGUUUUCAUCGACGGCAAGGCUUUCAAAGGCAUGAGCGGGGCGGAGAGCCUGGAUCUGUCGUCCAACCAACUGGACACUGUCCACGAGGACCUGCUCCAGUAUCACAUCAGCCUCAGGUCCCUCAACGUCUCCCACAACCAAAUCAACAACGUCUCCUGGCUGCUGCUGUUCAGAAACCUUGAAAACCUGGAGGUUCUGGACCUGGCUUACAACAACAUCUCCCAGCUCCACGAGCAGAUGCUCCUGCCGCUGGUCAAACUCAGGGACAUUUCCCUCAAACACAACCACCUGAAAACGAUCAUGCCGAAGAUCUUCAGGGACCUGCCCAAGAUCCGACAGAUCGACCUGUCCUACAACCCCCUGGACUGCACGUGCGACAUGCUGGCGUUCAGGGACUGGCUGAAGAGGAUGGCCUCGGUCGUGGUCGGCCUGUACGGGCCCAACUCCACGGCGUACAGCUGCCACGGCCCGGCGCGCCGGGCGGGGGCGCACGCCACGGAAUGGGACACCGGGGAUCUCGAGUGCAACAGCGCCAUGAUAUACGUCAUCAUCUUUGGAUCCAUCGGCGUCUUCCUCGUGAUCAGCGGGGUGGCGGGGAGCGCGGGGUACAGGGUCUACCGGAGGUGGAAGAGGGAGAGGCGGGCGUGGAAGAAAAAGCUCGCGGAGAAACUGGAGGAGGAGUGGCGGAACAAAAAGAUAGAUUACAUCAGGAUGACGAGGCAAGAAAUCGACGAUGAGAUUCAGGAGGCCCUGGCCAGGAAAGACAGAAGAUACGACAAGUACGAGGCUUUGAGAAGGUUGAAAGGUUACGUCCCUUGGGGAAGCGGUGAGAGUUAUGGGUAUAGACCGGAAGUAAGAAGCACGCAGGUCAAGGACAAUGUCAUGGACGGCCCGCGCCAUGGGAAAUUUAAAGAUCAGAGCUUGACCUUGCCUGGAGAUAACUGGGACCCCCUUGGAGGAAGGAGAGACAGUGACCGAAGGUAUAGAAGAUUGGUGGAGCGGGCAAGGCACGGCUAUGUGGACAGGCGCUUAAAAGAUCAUGAACGACAGCCGGGCAGAACAGAAAAUGAUUACGUGAACGUAAGACCAAUUCACCGGGACAGCUUCGAGUCCGGAGUCAUGGCCCCUUCUGUUCAGGCUGAUUAUCUAAUGGAAAGGGAGAGAAGAGGUCUCGACAGGGGACACUACUACAGAGGGGAUAACAGAUACAGAGCUGAGGCUGCCAGAGGGCCUUAUGCUGUGCACUCAAACCCUUCCCACCGCCGGGACAGCACCGAUACCUGGGGUGGCUCUCGUUACUGGAUGAUCCCAGGCUACCACAGGGGUCAGGGUUAUUUGACCAUGCCGGCGAGAAGCAGAAGGGACAUCACCAGGACGGCCGCGCAGCCCAGCAACCAAAAUGACCCCUACCCACCCGGGGUCCACUUUGAGCACGACCCCCGUAGACAACGAUCCGAUGACCAGGAGUACAGACCCCCAAACAUGCCGCGGUCCAAGAGCUACAGCUACCUGCCCCAGGACUACGCGGACGAGCGACCGUUCGCCAAGAACAGCCUAGUACCCGACAGCGGUGAGCGCUACGGUGCCAGCAUUGGACGAGCCAUCUCGCAGCCCUUUCUGGCCACAGGGAACACAUCGGACUGGCUGUGAGUCCAACAAAGCUCUCCGGAACAUACGGGAAAUAAGAGCAGCACGAGGCCUAAGACACCCACAACCCCUCCUACCGGACGUACACAGGACAAUACACAACUCUUCGUACAGGACAUACACAACUCUUCGUACAAGACAUACAAAACUCUUUCUGAAAGGAUGUAAACAACUCUUCCUACAGGACAUACACUAACCAUCAUAUUUGUUUCUUCAUACAGGACAUACACAAACCAUCAUACUUGUUUCUUCAUACAGGACAUCUAUCACACGUAGUAAACAGCACCACGUUACCAAUGAAGCCCAACAACUCUUAGCAUACAAACUACGGUAUAUUAGCACCCUCCAGCCAAGCACUACGGUAUUAGCACCCUCCAGCCAAGCACUACGGUAUUAGCGCCCUCCAGCCAAGCAGAACAGUAUUAGCACCACCGUCCAGCCAAGCACUAGGGUAUUAGCACCACCCAGCCAAGCACUACGGUAUUAGCACCCUCCAGCCAAGCACUACGGUAUUAGCACCACCCAGCCAAGCACUACAGUAUUAGCACCCUCCAGCCAAGCACUACGGUAUUAGCACCACCCAGCCAAGCACUACGGUAUUAGUAACCCCCCCCCAGCCAAGCACCAUCCAGCCAAGCACUACGGUAUUAGCACCAACCAGCCAAGCACUACGGUAUUAGCACCCUCCAGCCAAGCACUACAGUAUUAUCACCCCCCCCCAAGCCAAGCACCCUCCAGCCAAGCACUAACAGUGCACAUCAGUCAAUGACAGUCAGACUGAAAAUGCUGCCCCUCAAUAUUUAGUUAAAAGUGCCGCCAGGCUUAGUUAAAAGUGCCGCCAGGCUUAGUUAAAAGUGCCGACAGGCUUAGUAAAAAGACGAUUUGGGCGCCCUUUGUCUUGUGACGUACAUGGGAUUUUCUUGUUUAAUUCACAAUUAAUACCUAUCUAAGAACAUUUCUG